UAGCCCAACAGGCUAGCAGCAGAAAGACGGUCCGACCACAGCAAACUUGGUCUUCGGCGAAAAAAAAGUGCGUUCGGACGGACCCUCGUAUCCCACAGUGAACCACGAAGGACUAUCGAUGGAUUUAAACCGUUUUUCAUUUUUUCAUGAGCGCAAACACGAGCGAUAGACACAUUUGAAAGAAGUUGUGAUUGUUUUUUUGGCGCUCUAGCAGCGCAGAGGAAAGAUGGAGGAUCUGCUGGUGUAGCAGCGAGCUAACGCUAGCUGGCUUGUUGGUUUACUGGCCAGCGUCGUUUCGGGACAAAUACGAGCUGCUUCACCACUGAGUGAAUGUCCGGAAAGUUUGGACGCUGUAAUUCAACACACUAUCUGUGCCUCAGCUGCUGUUCAUGUUUACACACCAGUUAAAGCAUGAGAGUCUGUCAGGCUCUGAGGAUGGAACCAGGGCUACUGGAGGCAGGAUCUAGACAUCAGAUGGUGCUCUGAAGAAGCCAUGGGUAGCUGUUUAAGCUGUCCAGAGAAAGAGUCAAUUCCAGAUAAUCAUCAAAGCAAAUUCAAGGUGAUCAACGUGGACGACGAUGGGAACGAGUUGGGCUCAGGUGUGAUGGAGCUGACCGAUGCCGAGCUUGUCCUCCACACCCAUCGGCGUGACGAUGUCAGGUGGCCUUACCUGUGCCUGCGGCGCUAUGGUUACGACUCCAACCUGUUCUCGUUUGAGAGCGGCCGGCGCUGCCAGACGGGACAAGGUAUUUUUGCCUUCAAAUGUUCUCGAGCUGAAGAGAUCUUCAACAUGCUGCAGGAGGUGAUGCACAGCCACAGCAUCAGUGUGGUGGAGGAGGCGGUGCUGGAGCCAAACCACCAGGCAGCACACACUCCUGCAGCUCUGGGUUACUCGGUGCCCACGGUUCCUAACGGUGUGACCAGGAUCCCGUCUGUGGGUGAGGCUCCAUCUCACCCCUCCACCCGUCACCCGUCUGUGGCCAGCACCCGCCUGCCCUCUGUGGGAGAAGAGUCCACACAUCCUCUGCUGGUGGCUGAUGAGGCGGUUCACACCUACGUGAACACCACAGGGCUCUUGGAGGACCAGCCCAGUCCACUGACUGUCACCACCCCUCUGGAGAGUCCCACCUCUCCCCAGUCUCAGUGUCCUCCGACCCCCCCACCUCCUCCGAGGGUCCGCGCCGAGCCGCUGGCCCCGCCUGCCCAGCCAGAGCCCCAGGUGCUGCUGGAGCCUCAAGGGGUUCGCUUCGUGCUGGGCCCCACCCCCGUUCAGAGGCAGCUGAUGGAGAAGGAGAAGAAGCAGCAGGAGGCAAAGGAGGCCGAGGAGCCCCGAGAGACUAACGGCCACACAGAGGCCCCCGCCGAGGCUGAGCCGGCCCCUUUACUCUCCAACGGCUCCUCCUCUUCCUCCUCUAAUCCCUCCACAGCUCCUCGCCGCCACCGCCCACCCCCCCUCACGCCCGACCUGCAGAAUGUCAACAACUCGGCCCAGCGGCGCACCGCCCUGCUGGACUACGAGAACCUGCCGGCGCUGCCGCCAGUGUGGGAGGCGAGGAAGCCGAGCUCAGAAGAGGAGGAGAACGGCUGCGGUGGCCUGAAGACGCCAUCGCUCAAUGGCUACAACCACCAGCCCCACCACGGCUUGCUGCACCACUCGUACUCCCACCCUCUGUCCGCCGCCCUCGAGUCCUCACACAACUACGUCAACACGGAGAACGUGACGGCGCCGCUCAGCGCCCACCGGCCCGACACGGCUCGGCGCCGCACAGAGGGACCCACCAUCUUCAACUUCGACUUCCGCCGGCCGCCACUGUCGGGCCACUCGGAGCCGCCCAAAACCCUCAACUACAUCGAGGUGGAGAUGGACAAUAGCAGCGGCAACAAGGGCGCUUCAGACGGCAGCAACCCCCACACGCCCCGAACCCCCACCUCUCCGCUGCCCCCGACCACCCCCACCCGCCGCACCGAGCUGUACGCCCUCAUCGACAUCGAGCGCACCGCCGCCAUGUCCAACCUGCAGAAGGCCCGGCCGCGAGACGACGGCACGUCACGCAAGACGCGACACAACAGCACGGAGCUGCCCACCAAAAGCACUGUGUGACACGCACCUUCUACUUCCUGUUAACCCUUCGUGCUGUUCGUUAACACGGCGCUCGGACGGAGCUUCUUUAUAUUCCCACACGGAGAUGCAGCGACAGACUCCACCUGACCAAGUCUUACAUGAGAUAAUGACUUCCUGUGUGGUCACCUGUUCAGGUAGACCAUCACAAAUGAACCUCGGUACUUGCCAUAUAGCAGUUUAUUCCCAUGGUGAUGUAAUACCUCUGAUGAUGACUCACUCUGCAGAGCGUCGGGUUGAUGUUAAUAAGACUGGGCCGCAUUCCUCCUCCUUAUAUGGUACAAAUCAGUAUUACUGAACAAAGCAUUCCAUUUAGCCUUUUUUAUAUGAUUCACUACAUGCUGCUGUAAUUCAGUAUCUAAGGACGACAUGGUACACUACAUUAUGUUUCUGAAUAUGUACAGUAGAUUCUGGCACAAUAAAUGUCUGUUUUUAUUUGUA